AUGGACGCCUUUAAGCUGUUGACAAGAGCCACCAAGCUGAAGACGGGCGCCACCCCAUCUUCAGCACAGAGCUCAACCCGGCUCCCGUCAACGGGCAAGGCCGAGAACCCGCAGCUUUUCCGGAACUCCGAGGCUGAGAAGGUCUUGGAGCAAGCUCAGCAGGGGAAGAAGAGGAAGCGGACUGCUGCCGCCGAGGCGCGGGAUGCAGACGACGAUGCGGCGGAGUUGAAUUUCUUUGGUGCGCGCAAGGCCGCGGUUUCGAGUACUCCGACGUCGAAAGAGGAGAAGCAGGAGCAGGAGCGGUCCGGCGAGGAUGAUGCGUCGGACGAGGAAGUUGAGUUUAUGGAUGAGGUGCAGCGUCGUACGGUGCUGAAUGCGCAUAAGAUCAAAGUAACGGAUCUGCGCGAUUUGGAGGAGAUCCAGCCUGUGCGCGUUGCGAGCGAGGAGCCCAAGAAGAAAAAGAAGAAGAGAAAGCAACAGGAAGAGGAAGAAUCUAAAGUACCACUUACUAAGAAGGAGCAGAAGAAGGCGCGAAGGCUGUAUCCUGAGCCUCUCGUUUCAUUCAAAGAGCUGCGAUCGAAGUACAAGAUCUCUAGCCGGCUCGCAGAGAAUAUCGCUGAGCAGGGCUUUACGGUUCCAACAGAGGUUCAGCUCGGUACUUUGCCACUGUUGUUGGGAGGGUUUGAGUCCAAGGCUGGUGAGAGCGUCGAGCCAGAUCUCCUGGUCGUUGCGCCGACGGGAAGUGGAAAGACUCUGUCCUUCCUGAUUCCUGUGAUCAACAAGAUUGUGCGCCACCACCAUGAUCAGAGCCAGGAGCAGGAACGUGGGAUUUUCUCCAUCAUUGUUGCACCGACCAAGGAACUUGCUAGCCAAAUCGUGAACGAGGGAAGGAAGCUGGUUCAUGGGACUGGUGUGAAGAUCGCCCUCAUGAAGAAGGGCAUGCGGGUAGUAGAGCGCGAAGACGAGGAUGACGAUGGCGACGAUAGCUCCAGUGAAGAUGGCGAUGAAUCUUCAGAAUCGGAACAUGAAGAACGGCCGAUCGCAAAGAAGAGCAAGGGCAAAGCGCCUGUCACCAAAAGCGAUAUCCUCGUUACAACACCUUUGCAACUCGUCAAUGCGCUCUCAACGAAUCAAACCAAGCCUAUGGCUACCUUGCCGUUGGUGAGAAACAUCGUUCUUGACGAAGCAGACGUCCUCCUAGACCCCCUGUUUCGGGACCAGACUCUUAACAUCUGGCGUGCCUGCACGCACCCUGAGCUCCGAGCAAGCUUGUGGUCAGCCACCAUGGGCUCCAAUGUUGAAGAUCUUGCCAAAUCCACCAUCAAAGAGCGGAAGGAAGCCGUCAAUCAGACAAAGUCCUACCCAUUGCUUCGUCUCGUCGUUGGACUGAAGGACUCCGCUAUCCCCAACAUCGAGCAUAAGUUGAUUUACGCCGCCACGGAGCAGGGAAAGCUGUUGGGCUUGAGACAACUCCUCCACCCAACCGCAGCGUCAGCAUCAGAUGUCCGCCUUCGUCCACCCUUCCUUAUCUUCACCCAGACCAUUCCCAGAGCCGUGGCUUUGCACUCUGAACUACGAUACGACAUUCCAACCGAGGCUGGCGGCUCAUCGCGAAUUGCAGUGCUUCACUCGGACUUGUCAGAUGGCCAACGAUCCGAGAUCAUGAAGAACUUCCGCAAGGGUGAGAUUUGGAUCCUGGUGACUACGGAUCUUCUGGCACGUGGCGUGGACUUCCGCGGCAUCAACGGUGUUGUCAACUACGACAUUCCAAAUUCUGCUGCCGUCUACGUUCACCGUGUCGGACGAACCGGACGAGCCGGCCGCGAAGGUGGCAUUGCAGUGACAUACUACACCAAGGAAGAUAUCCCCUACGUCAAGAGCAUCGCCAAUAUCAUCGACGUGAGUGAAAAGUUGCGUGGCAAGACUGGAGAAAAGUCUAUCCAGAAGUGGCUGUUGGAUGCUUUGCCGGACCUGAGCAAGAAGGACAAGAAGGAGCUGAAGAAGCACGGCGUCAAAGCUAGACAGUCCAACCUCAAGAGCGACAAAGAUGACAAGGAGCACCGGAAGACGAGAAUCAGUACCAAGAGCGGGUUCGAGCGACGGAUUGAGAACAAAAAGAAGGCGCUUAUUGCAGCCAACCGCAACAGAAAGUCCCAAGCACAGUCAGCCGCGGACGGUGACAGUGGCAAUGAGAGCUGGGAUGGUCUGGAGAACUAG